AUGGUGGAUUAAAAGCUCUUCAAAUAACCGAAGCAAUUAUAUACUUAAUCGCGAAAGAUAAUGAACCAUUCACUAUUGUUGAAAAGGAGGGAUUCAAGAAAUUGAUGAAAAUCAUUGUUCCUUUGUACACACUGCCAAGCCGAAAGACAAUUACAAGUCUUGUUGAUGAUAAAUAUAAUGCUCUUUCAGCAGUUAUACGAAAUAAGCUUGCAACAGUUGAAUAUGUGUCAAUAACGGUGGACAUUUGGACCGACACACUCAACACUAAAAGUUAUCUGGGUACUACAGUUCACUUUGUGUCGGAAGAUAAAUUAAAAUCAGCUACAUUAGGCCUACUUCCUCUUGCGGAUAGACACACUGGGGACAAUAUCGGUCCAUGGAUUUCAGAAGUAAUCGAGAAAUGGAAUAUAAAAUCAGCCAACGUUAUUGCUUUCAUAGCCGAUAAUGCCUCAAAUAUGUAUAAAGGUAUUAGCGACACAUUUGGUUCCCAUCGAUUCAUGCCUUGUUUUGCCCAUUCACUCAAUCUCGUAGCUACAAAAGUAAUUGCUGAUAGCGGAAUUGAUUACUUACUUGUAAAAGUUAAAAGCAUCGUAACAUAUUUUAAACAUUCUGUUUACGCGUCUGACAAGUUAAGACAAAAAGUCGACUUGAAACUCAUACAGAGUGUACCAACAAGAUGGAAUUCUUGUUUUUAUAUGCUUGAGCGAUUUAUCGAAUUAUCUCCACACGUAGGAUCAAUUUUAUUAGAAGCAGAUAAUUCCCCUGAUAUGUUGACUGCUUCCGAGUUGCGUGUUAUACGCGAAUUUGUGAAACUUCUUCGUCCAUUAGAGCAAGCGACUAAAGAGAUUUGUGGUGAAGCCUACUCUACUGGCAGUAAAGUGAUUCCGUUAGUGAAUUGUAUCCAACAAAAAAUUGACAAAAUGGAGACGCAAACGUCAGAAGGCAUUAAAAUGAAAGAAUUGUUAAAGUCUGCAAUGAAUCAUAGAUUUAAAGACAUUGAAAAUAAACCGUUACUUGCAGUCGCAUGCAUCCUUGAUCCCAGGUUUAAAAAAUUACAUUUCAAGAAUAAACUUGCAGUAUCGUCAGCAAUCAGGAAGAUAAAGCAGGAACUGUUAGUAAACGGGGCUUUAACGAGGUUUGAAAACGAUCUCAUAGUGGAUGACCAUAAUGCUGAAGAAGACGAAGAUUUGUGGUCGUGUCACAAACAGUUGUCGGCGGCGAACAAUAAAACGCGACAAAUUCUAUCCUCUGAUAAUGGCGAUAUGCCAAUUUCUUUAAAGCAUUAUUUAGAUCAACCGACUUCAAGUCUUCAUGUCAAUCCCAUACAAUUUUGGACCAAAGAGGUAGGCGGCACAUACCCGCAUCUGAAAGAAUUGGCGAUGCGUUACCUUCCACUUGUGGCAACGUCUGUACCAUCUGAGAGGCUUUUCUCGAAAGCCGGUAAUAUAAUUACUGAGUCCCGAAAUCGUUUAAGUCCCAAGCAUCUACAUGAACUUUUAUUUUUAAAUUCACUCUCUGAAGAUGAAUGGAAUCUAUAA